AUGGGGGCUCUCGCGUUCGGGUACCACCUGGGAGUGAUCAACGGCCCCUUGGAGGCCAUCGCCUCCGAUCUUGGGUUCGGGGGAAACGCCACGCUGCAGGGCCUGGUGCGCGACUUACUUGGGUCCGAGGUGGUGAGCAGUCUCCUGGCCUUUGCCGCCGUCGGCAGCCUGGGGGGCAGCGGCCUGGCAGAUCGUCUGGGCCGACGCAGGGCCUUCCUGCUGGAUGCCGCUCCCCUAAUCAUCGGGCCCCUGAUCAGCUCCCUGGCCACCUCGCCAGCCUUCAUGAUAGCCGGGCGUGCCAUCACCGGCGCAGGCAUUGGCCUUUCCUCUGCCCUCGUCCCCGUGUACAUCUCCGAGGUGGCCCCGCCUAGCCAGCGGGGCGCCCUGGGCACCCUCAACCAGGUGCUCAUCUGCGCCGGCAUCCUGGCGGCCCUGGUGCUCAAUGUGCUGGUGCCCACGCGCAACUGGCGCGCGCUCUUCUGGGUGGGUGCCCUCCCCGCCGUCCUGCUUGGCGCUGGCAUGCUGUUCCUGGCCCCCGAAACCCCCUCCUGGCUGGGGCUGAGCGGGCAGCACGCGCUCGCAGAUGAGACGGCGCAUAGACUGUGGGGCCCGGGUGGCGAGGCGCUGCUGGAGGCCGACAUGGCAGGGCACGCCAAGUCGGACGGGGGGCCCAAGGACCGCGCGCAGUGGGGCGAGGUGGUGGCCAACCGCGGCGCGCUGACGGGUGCGGCCCUCUUCUUCCUCCAGCAGUUCAGCGGGAUCAACGCCAUCGUCUACUUCUCCUCGUCGGUGUUUGAGCGCGCGGGAUUCCACUCCGGCACGCUGGCCAGCGCGGCUGUGGGCACGGUGAACGUGCUGGGCUCCCUGCUGGCGGCGAGCGUGAUCGAGCGUGUGGGACGCAGGCACCUGCUCAGCUGGAGCUGGGUUGGGAUGGGGGCCUCCAUGCUGCUCAUGGCCGCAGGCAUGCGCCUGCCUGCCCUGGCGCACCUGGGACCCUACGUCGCCGUGCUGGGCACGCUGGCGUACAUCCUCUCCUUCUCGCUGGGGGUGGGCCCCGUGCCCGCCCUACUGGUGCCGGAGAUCACCCCCGUGAACCUGAGAGGCAAGGCCAUGGCUAUGGCCAUGGGGACCCACUGGAUCUGCAACUUUGCAAUUGGUCAGGCCUUCCUCCUUGCCGUCAACGCCUUUUCCGUGCCGGUGCUCUACACCUUCUUUGGAGUGGUGUGCCUGAUUGGAGCACAGUUUGCACGCGGCAUCAAGAGCUCGACCCAGCUGCCAGAGGACUUGCCCGGAACAUCGUGA